AUGCAGAGCCCACUCACCACCGCCAUCCUCCUGCUGGCGGCCCUGACGGCGUCCGUCUUCGCCUCGCCCAUGGCCGGCAGCGACGAGGGUAGCAUCAAGAUUGUCGAGCGCGCACAGUUCACCGAGACCGUCCUCUCGACGCAGGCGGCUUGCCUCCAGUACAGCAUGAUAGCCAACAUGUCCGUCGUUGGUGGCAACAGUAGCUACCGCACCGUCUUCCUCGAGAAGAGCAGCACCGGCACCCUCGCCAACUCGGCCAUGCUCAACAAGGCCAUCCUCGUCGCCCCCAACCUGACCGCCGACGUCGAGCUCAACGCCCAGUGCGGCAACCUGACUGCCAUCGCCAUCCAGGAGGCCGCCCUCAACUUCACCCAGGGCAAGGUGGCCCAGUUCACCUUCACCGGGACUCCAGGCUCGAUACUCGCCGGGCCCGUCAUUAUUGUCGUGGUGCUGGCAUGCCUGCUCAUCCAGGUCUUCCCUCUUUCGGCACUCUAG